AUGGCUGCGCCGCUCACCGUCGGCGUGCUGGCGCUGCAGGGUGCGUUCCACGAGCACAUGCAGCACCUCACGCUGCUGCCCGCGCCCGCCGGCUACUCGCACGUCGCCGCCGUCGCCGUGCGCUCGGCCGAGGCGCUGGCGCAGUGCCACGCCCUCGUCAUCCCCGGCGGCGAGAGCACGGCCAUUGCGCUGGCGGCACAGCGCGCAUCGCUGCUUGAGCCGCUGCGUGCGUGGGUGCGCGACGGGCGCCCGACGUGGGGCACCUGCGCCGGCAUGAUCCUCCUGGCGCGAGAGGCCGCCGGCGGCAAGCGCGGCGGCCAGCACCUGCUCGGCGGCAUCGAUGUGCGCGUGGGGCGCAACGGCUUCGGCACGCAGGUGAGUCAAUUGCGGGCAGUGGAGUGCUGCGGCCCGGCGCCGUUCCCCGGCGUCUUCAUCCGCGCGCCCAUCGUCGAGUCGCUGCUGCUGCCGUCCGACAUCUCGGCCGUGCCGCCGGGCUCGGCGACGCUCACGCCCGGCGCACAGCGCAUCUCCGUGGCGCCGCCGCUCGAGGCCGAGGGCGCACCACGCGCACGCCGCCCGCCGCUCGAGGUGCUCGCCACGCUCGCCACGCUACCCGGUGCCUCGGCGCCGGCGCCGAAGUCCGAGCGUGCGCCUGCCAGCCUCGACAUCCCCAAUCGGCCACCGCACGACGCCCAGAUCGUCGCGCUGCGCCAGGGCCGCCUGCUCGCCACCAGCUUCCACCCGGAGCUCACCACCGACGGACGCCUGCACGCGUACUUCCUGCGCGUCUGUGUGCUCGGCUCCGACGCCGACGUCGGCAUGCCGCCACUAGACGCCGACGAAUAG